AUGACUUGCAAGAUCAGCAAGUGGCGAGUGUUGCCGUCGGAAAGCUUGUUCAUGUAUACUGGCAAAACAUACGACGACUACAACAUCGAAAAUUUCGUGCCAAACCUAAUCCCGCCAGAUAUAUCUAAAGCGUCUAAGCAAGCUCAAUUGCUUUGUGGUGAAUCCUUGGAAUGUUUGUACGAUUUCAUAACCACGGGAAGUGCUACAGUUGCCAACCAUACCAAAUGCAUCAUUGAGGAAUUUAACAAGAUUGUUAAAGGACCUAUGACAAUUAAGUGUCAAGAUGAUGGCAAAUGGAAUAAUACUGAGCCUACUAAGUGUUUAGACUGA